GCCCUUUGUUGGAUCUGACUCAGAAUAGUGAUACUUCCUUCUCAGCUAGGAUGUUUUUAUCUGGAAGUGUUGUCGGUUCUUGAGAUGAUACUACCACUACAUGUCUGUGUUUCGUUGUCUAGUCCAACCUAAACCGUGGAUAUCCACAAGGUUCCGGCAAUAGUUUUACAGGUGCAUCAGAGGGUUUUUGUUUUUGUUUGGGAAGAAGAGAGAGGACACAGGAGCCUGAGCCAUCCAGGCUUCACAUUCUUACGGUGCAUGCUCAGAGAUAACUGUACUUAACAGUGUUUCAACGUCUUCUCAUAAAAGGAAAAAGCUUCAUGGCCUCUACCAUGAAGGAAACCAGUCCCGUAGGGCAUGGAGCUGGAGAACUAUGAACAGCCCGUGGUUCUGAGAGAGGACAACGCCCGCAGGCGCCGCAGGAUGAAGCCGCGGAGCACCGCCGCCAGCCUGUCGUCCAUGGAGCUCAUCCCCAUCGAGUUCGUGCUGCCCACCAGCCAGCGCCACAGCAAGAGUCCCGAGACUGCGCUGUUGCACGUGGCGGGCCACGGCAACGUGGAGCAAAUGAAGGCCCAGGCGUGGCUGCGCGCGCUGGAGACGAGCGUGGCCGCGGACUUCUACCACCGGCUCAGCCCCGACCACUUCCUCCUGCUCUACCAGAAGAAGGGCCAGUGGUACGAGAUCUACGACAAGUACCAAGUAGUGCAGACCCUGGAUUGCCUGCGCUACUGGAAGGUGCUGCACCGGAGCCCCGGCCAGAUCCACUUGGUGCAGCGGCGCGCACCCACCGAGGAGACGCAGGCCUUCCAGCGACAGCUCACCGCCCUCAUAGGCUACGACGUCACCGACGUCAGCAACGUGCACGACGACGAGCUCGAGUUCACACGCCGCCGCCUGGUCACCCCGCGCAUGGCGGAGGUGGCUGGCCGCGACCCCAAGCUCUACGCCAUGCACCCCUGGGUGACGUCCAAGCCCCUCCCCGAGUACCUGUGCAAGAAGAUUGUCAACAACUGCGUCUUCAUCGUCAUCCACCGCAGCACCACCAGCCAGACCAUCAAGGUCUCAGCCGACGACACUCCCGGCACCAUCCUGCAGAGCUUCUUCACCAAGAUAGCCAAGAAGAAGUCUCUGAUGGACAUCUCUGAAAGCCAGAACGAACAGGACUUUGUGCUGCGCGUCUGUGGCCGAGAUGAGUACCUGGUGGGUGAAACGCCCAUCAAAAACUUCCAGUGGGUGCGGCACUGCCUCAAAAACGGAGAGGAGAUUCACCUGGUGCUUGAUGCGCCCCCGGACCCAGCCCUGGACGAAGUAAGGAAAGAGGAGUGGCCGCUGGUGGAUGACUGCACGGGAGUCACUGGGUACCACGAGCAGCUGACCAUCCACGGCAAGGACCAUGAGAGCGUGUUCACCGUGUCCCUGUGGGACUGUGACCGGAAGUUCAGGGUCAAAAUCCGAGGCAUCGACAUCCCAGUCCUACCCCGGAAUACUGACCUCACAGUUUUUGUAGAGGCAAACAUCCAGCAUGGGCAGCAAGUCCUCUGCCAAAGGCGAACCAGCCCCAAGCCCUUCACAGAGGAGGUGCUCUGGAAUGUGUGGCUUGAGUUCAGUAUCAAGAUCAAAGACUUGCCCAAAGGGGCUCUACUGAACCUUCAGAUCUACUGCGGCAAAACACCAGCACUGUCCGGCAAGGUCUCUGCGGACACAUCUAGUUCUGAGUCCAGGGGCAAAGCUCAGCUUCUCUACUAUGUGAACUUGCUGCUGAUAGACCACCGAUUCCUCCUGCGCCACGGUGAAUAUGUUCUCCACAUGUGGCAGAUAUCUGGGAAGGGAGAAGACCAAGGGAGCUUCAGCGCUGACAAGCUCACAUCAGCAACCAACCCAGACAAGGAGAACUCCAUGUCCAUCUCCAUUCUUCUGGAUAAUUACUGUCACCCCAUAGCCCUGCCUAAGCACCAGCCCAGCCCUGACCCAGAAGGGGACCGGAUUAGAGCGGAAAUGCCCAACCAGCUUCGCAAGCAAUUGGAGGCCAUCAUAGCCACUGAUCCACUUAACCCUCUCACAGCUGAGGACAAAGAAUUACUCUGGCAUUUUAGAUAUGAAAGCCUUAAGCACCCAAAAGCAUAUCCUAAGCUAUUCAGCUCAGUGAAAUGGGGACAGCAAGAAAUUGUGGCCAAAACAUACCAAUUGUUAGCCAGAAGGGAGGUCUGGGACCAAAGUGCUUUGGAUGUUGGGUUAACCAUGCAACUCCUGGACUGCAACUUUUCAGAUGAAAAUGUGAGAGCCCUUGCAGUUCAGAAACUGGAGAGCCUGGAGGAUGAUGAUGUUCUGCAUUACCUUCUACAGCUGGUCCAGGCUGUGAAAUUUGAACCAUACCAUGAUAGUGCCCUUGCCAGAUUCCUGCUGAAGCGUGCUUUAAGAAACAAAAGAAUUGGUCACUUCUUGUUUUGGUUCUUGAGAAGUGAGAUAGCACAGUCCAGACACUAUCAGCAGAGGUUCGCGGUAAUCCUAGAAGCCUAUCUGAGGGGCUGUGGUACAGCCAUGCUGCACGACUUUACCCAGCAAGUUCAAGUAAUCGAGAUGUUACAGAAAGUCACCAUUGAUAUUAAAUCACUCUCUGCCGAGAAGUAUGAUGUCAGUUCCCAAGUUGUUUCACAACUAAAACAAAAGCUUGAAAACCUGCAGAAUUCUAAUCUCCCCAAGAGUUUUAGAGUUCCUUAUGAUCCUGGAUUGAAAGCAGGAGCACUGGUGAUUGAAAAAUGUAAAGUGAUGGCCUCCAAGAAGAAGCCCCUGUGGCUUGAGUUUAAAUGUGCCGAUCCUACAGCCCUAUCAAAUGAAACAAUCGGAAUUAUCUUUAAACAUGGUGAUGAUCUGCGCCAGGACAUGCUUAUUUUACAGAUUCUACGAAUCAUGGAGUCCAUUUGGGAGACCGAAUCUCUGGAUCUGUGCCUCCUGCCAUAUGGUUGCAUUUCAACUGGUAACAAAAUAGGAAUGAUCGAGAUCGUGAAAGAUGCCACAACAAUUGCCAAAAUUCAGCAAAGCACAGUGGGCAACACGGGCGCGUUUAAAGACGAGGUCCUCAAUCACUGGCUCAAAGAAAAAUCCCCUAUUGAAGAAAAGUUUCAGGCAGCAGUGGAGAGAUUUGUUUAUUCCUGUGCAGGCUACUGUGUGGCAACCUUUGUUCUCGGAAUAGGCGACAGACACAAUGACAACAUUAUGAUCACGGAGGCAGGAAACUUAUUCCAUAUUGACUUUGGGCACAUUCUUGGGAAUUACAAAAGUUUCCUCGGCUUUAAUAAAGAAAGAGUACCCUUUGUACUAACCCCAGACUUCCUGUUUGUGAUGGGAACUUCUGGAAAGAAGACAAGCCCACACUUCCAGAAAUUUCAGGAUGUCUGUGUUAAGGCUUAUCUAGCCCUUCGUCACCACACAAACCUGCUCAUCAACCUGUUCUCCAUGAUGCUGAUGACCGGCAUGCCCCAGUUAACAAGCAAAGAAGACAUCGAGUAUAUCCGGGGUGCCCUCACCGUGGGGAGAAGUGAGGACGAUGCUCAAAAGUACUUUCUGGACCAGAUUGAAGUUUGCCGAGACAAAGGGUGGACCGUGCAGUUUAAUUGGUUCCUGCACCUUGUUCUUGGCAUCAAACAAGGAGAGAAACAUUCAGCCUAAUGCUGUGGACUAGAGUCAAAAACACGUUAGUGUUUUAAAACUUUCAAUGAACACAUCAGUCAUGGAACUGGGAUUUAAAAUGCAACGGGACAUGGUGAAAGCUGGCGCUUCAGACAUACAGCUCUUUUUCCCAGCUAAACCCUUCACCGAAGAAAAGUGUUGGCAUUUAUGAUUAGUUGGUUAAGUAACAUUCGGCGCUAGGCUUCUUUGCAAGUUUAUCUCAUUUGUCUGAGGGAUGUCGGAAAAUAUUCUUACAUUUACCCAGACCAAGACUUCCUUACUGCACCUGAUAUUUUCACGACCUUGUUCUUGAGUGCUUCUGGAAAUUCUUUAGAAUAAUUGGUGACAUCUGUUUUCACCUUGGUUUACCCUUAAUUCUGGUUAUCUUUAUAUUCUUCAAGCUUGUCAACAGGAAAAGAUGUCAUCAUUGUAACCUUUAUCUCAUUCCGUGAAUGAUGCUUUCAAACAUCGCCCAGCGUCUGCGGAUGUUAGUGGUGUGCUAAAAGCAAGGGAAGCAAGUUCAUCUUUAUAGUUUUUUGGAAUUAGUUUCUUUCACUGUGUACCAUGGAGACAUACAGAUUCAAAAGGACAAAUCUGAACCGCUGUGCCUUGGCCCUCCUCUACUAUUCUGGUUCCAGGGUUAUGAAUAUAAAAAGCAGAGACAACACCUUGCGUCUCAACUGUGCCCACAAGAGUGAACUAUCCAGACGAUGAGCGUGGCCCUCCCCAGCCUGGAAGCAGGAGUGCUGUGACGCAAAGCACCUGCGCGUUCCCCCGCCCCUUCUUCCCUGCUUCCCUUCUUCCUCAACUGUCACCCUCCCACGACUCUUUACAGACUUGUGAAAUCUUCAAGGACGCUUUUACCCUAGAACUCAAAAAUUAGUUGAAAAAUAAUUUCUACUCAACAAUGACUAGAAUUUUAGGGACUUAUUACUAAAGCUGUUUAGUAAAGUUUUUUUUUUAAAAAAGCUAUAUAUAUAUUAUUAAAGGAAGCAGCCUAAAAAAGAUGAAUUAGUUUCCACAUACCUUAAUUUUAAAUUUUGGUCUGAGCAGUUUUUCUUUCUUUUUUAAUGGAAGAAGAUAUUUGAUAUCUAAAAAGUUUCCCAAGUUAAGAAGAACACUACUUUCCCUGCCCAUUUCUCAGUUUGAAUGAUUUUUGAACUUUGACACAUUCUUCGGAUUUCCUACAAACAAUUAAAAUGUCUUCCUUAUAAAAAAAAAAAAAAGUUCAUCUCUUAAAUACCGUGCUAUUUAUUGGAAGUAUUGUUUAACCUCAGAGAGAGAUCAUUAAAUUAUUUAUAAAAUAUUCUGUAAUUACUUAUAGUUAAUACAUUACAGGGAAGUAAUAAUGUUAACAGUGUCUAUGUUUAAGUAUAAUCAGAUAUAAAUAUAUACCUAAUUUUUUAAUUUUCAAAAUAGUUAAUCUGUUUGACUUUGAGGUUGCCCAAACUUUUUUUUUAUUUUGAGCAUGCAAAAGCCCACUGGUUUUUAACCCUGGCUGCAAAUAAGAAUCACCAAGGACACUUUUUAAAAAUACCCUUGCCUGAGCUCCACUCCCAGAUUGUAAUUUAAUUAGUGUGGAAUGAGGCCCAGACAUCAGUAUUUUUCUAAUGCACAGCCAGGGUUAGAUGCCCUGGAUGGCUUUCAAAGGUCAAGGUAACUCUGCAUCCUGGCUCAUCAGUAUCUAGAAAGGACUCCUCUUCCUUGGUAACUUGUCCUUUUAAAAUCAGUCUACUCUGGGCACCAUAGCCAUGCCUGUAAUCCCUCCCAGAGUGCUGGGAUUGAGGUGGCAAAGAUUACCUGGGGCCAGAAGUUCCAGACAAGCAUGGGCAAUAUAGUGAGGCCCCAUCUCUACAAAAAAAAUUUUAAAUUAGACAAGUAUAUAUCUGUAGGCCUAGCUACCUAGGGCAGAUGAGGUGGGAGAAUCACUUGAGCCCAGGAGUUCAAGGUUAUGGUGAGCUAUGAUGGUGCCACUGCACUCCAGCCUGGGCAAUAGAGUGUGACCCUGUCUCUAAAAAUAAAAUAAAAUAAAAUCAUACCCAUAAACACCAUUCCCUGUAAUGAAACACUUGUUCCUCUCGAUAAAUGGAGGAUAGAUUUUGUAUGGCACUUCUAGACCAACUAUUCCCUACCAUUCUUUUGAAGAAAAGCAGGGAGGAAAAAAAUAAUAAAAUAAAUUUUAAAAAGCAGAACGAAAUGCUUUCUAAUGCAGAAGAGGAUGCUUUCACUAUUCUGAUAAAUAAUAGCCAAGUUCAAACCUUGCACAGAUUCUACUUUGCUUUUUAUUUGAAUUGCUGAAAUAAUUGUCUUGAUAAAAAAAUUACAGAGGAAUGCAUUUACAUUUAGCGUGUUGGCACAUUCAUACAUGUUUGCUCUGUAAAUAAACUAGUCCUUCCUGAUGCUGAACACACGUGUGUGCACACACACACCCAUAUAUACGUAUUUUCCAACUGGGCUUGGUUUUUCCAUAGCCCAAUGAGAGUGUAAUUUCAAUGCUAUAGAUUUGCACAUAAACAAAAAUCACCUGUGUGUGCUUUCUUCCUCUACUGUUCCCUGCUAAUUCCAUGGCCAACAACUUCCACACUUUUGAAAAUAUUCUAGAACUAUGGUCACCCUUCUGCUGGGGAAUUAUCCACAACUCUUUCUUCAACACCAAAUGAAAACACAGAUCACACGGCCAGGAGCAGUGGCUCAUGCCUGUAAUCCUAACACUCUGGGAAGCUGAGGCAGGUGGAUUGCCUGAGCUCAAGAGUUCAAAACCAGCCUGGGCAAGAGCAAGAUUCCAUCUCUAAUAAAUAGCUGGGCAUUGUGGCAGAUGCUUGUAGUCCCAGCUACUUGGGAGGCUGAGGCAAGUGAAUUGCUUGAGCCCAGGAGUUCGAGGUUACUGUGAGCUGUGACGCCAAGCACUCUACCCACUGUACCCAAAGUGAAACUGUCUCAAAAAAAAACAGAUAACAAGUCAAACAAAUCAGAAGCAACUUUUCUAUGUAUCUAGAACUGGCUACCUAAUGACACAGCCCAGUGCAAAAUGAAAAUACAAGGCCUGUAGCUCAGAAAUGAUUAAGAAAUUCAAGAGAGCAACAGGGGAGUAUUAAGCCAAGCCCUUCUGAGCUCUGUGUAACUGCACUUGUCACAUGAACCUGGUGCUGUGUUUAUCUAAAUAACGAUUUUGGUGCUUAAUUUUGUACACACGGUAUACCAAUAAAAAUGCUGCAUCUGUUCAAAUUGAAAUAUCUUCUCUAUACGUACACGAGAACCUUGAGCAACAUGGCCACUGCUCUUGAGUUGGAGCUAUGGCCAGAAGAAGUAAAGCAAUGCAGAUAUUUUAGAUCUGGACUCACCUGAUGGACAGCAUUUGACUAGCCUUAGUGAUGCAUUGGCAAAAGAAGUAGGGGGAAAUGGAGACCUGGAUAAAAUGUAUCAACUCCUAGAGAAAACUCCUGACCUAAAAAAAAUUGACUUUAGUAAAUAUAUCUUUUUUAGGAGGUGACAUAAAAAAAGGUUAGAUGCAGGAAUUCUACAGCAUAAUUUGGAGGCUACUAGUCUUAUAUUCAUGGAAAUAGGUUAUUUUUUUUU